AUUUUAUAUGGCGAUGAUUUGACGAGUGCAAGGGGUAGUGGGAGAUGUUUAAAAACUAUAUAGUGUAUUGUACGAUGUGUCAGAAUAGCUAAAAGAAUAAUUAAAGUUCUGGACAUAGCAAAGAAUAACAAAUUCUCGCUGAAUUGAUAUAAAAGUGUCACAUUAAGUGUAAUAUGAGUAGCAUUUUUGAAAGGGAUCCAAAAAAGAGGAGAGUUAAGCCUGUAGGAUCAGCACCAUCUUUGCUUGACUUUGAUUUAGGUGAAAGUUCUGAUGACAGUGAUUUUAGAAUUGAGGAUCAUUGUGAGGAAUCUGAUGAUGAUUCAGUGGAUUCUAAUGAUAUUGGAAAAGAGGAAGAAGAUGCAUCGGAUGAAUCUGAUGACUCCUUAGAAGAUCCAUUAUUGAAUAAGAAAGAAAAUACUAAUUUAACUGUCGGAGAUGUAAUUGAACAAGCUCGGCAGCAAGCAUUAAAAGGGGGUUCACUUGAAGAUAAAUUAAAUAAAAUGUUAAUUUGUUGUGGUUGCCUUGGAGACAGAAGUGAUGAUGUCAAUGAAAUUGUCGAAUGUGAUGGAUGUGGUGUUAGUGUACAUGAAGGAUGUUAUGGUGUAUCAGAUGUAGAAAGUUUUUCAAGUACCGAUUCUUUAUGUCAGUCAGCACCGUGGUUUUGUGAGGCCUGCAGUGCAGGUAUUGAAGACCCUUCUUGUGAACUUUGUCCUAAUAAAGGUGGAAUUUUUAAAGAGACUGAUGUAGGCAAAUGGGUUCAUUUAGUAUGCGCACUUUAUGUACCCGGUGUUGCUUUCGGAGAAGUUGAUCGUUUAUCGAGUGUAACACUCUUUGAAAUGGCAUAUAGUAAAUGGGGAGCAAAACAGUGUUCUCUCUGUGAGGAUGCAUGUUUUGCUCGAACUGGUGUAUGCAUAGAAUGUGAUGCAGGAAUGUGUCAUACGUAUUUUCAUGUUACCUGUGCACAAAGGGAAGGUUUAUUAUCCGAAGCUCAUAGCGAAGAAGUUGACCAAGCUGAUCCAUUUUAUGCGCACUGUAAACUUCAUUCCGACAAAACUCUCGUUCGUAGACGUAGACGUAAUUGGUUAGCGCUACAAUUGCGAGCUCAGUAUCGUCAACAGUUGUUGAAACAACCCAAUCACUUAGAUACUGAAGAACAACGUAGAAUACAAAGAAAAUUAGCGAAACAUAGACAUAAGUAUUUAGCUCAUAAAGCAUCUAGACCACCUCCAUGGGUACCAACUCAAAAAAUGCCUCGGUUGUUAACUACGUCUGCUUCUGCAUGUCGACAGUUAGCAAGAAAAGCAGAACUUAUGGGAGUCGAUACAGCUGCAUUAGAAGCACAAGAAGCACAACUUGUAGCUUUAGUCGAUGUGAGGAAAAAAUGGCACAUUCCACCUGCUUUUAGCGUGGAAUUUAUCGGUUACUACUUAGAUCGUAAUUUAAGAGUAACAUCUAUGAAAAGACGAUUACAAGAACUUCUCGAUAUUAAUUCCCAGUUACUUAAUGAACAACUAAGACUAGAUAGAAAAUAUGAUGAAGUAAUGAAAGAUAACGAAGAACAAAUUCGAGUUAAUGUAACAUUAAAAGAAAAAAUAGAAAUGUAUCAUCAAGUUCUUCAAAAUAGUGGUUAUGUAAAACCUUUACCACAAAUAGCUGAUUUAGCAAAACCAAGGAUAGCACCAACUCUAGGUACAGGUUUAGGCGUACCUACUGCAGCUGCUUUGAAAAUGGGAGUUGGUUUUCCUUUACCGGUUGGUAAAGGAGCUGAAGGUAUACGUGAGGGUAGAGUAUUAAGUAGUCAAGCUCAAGAGCAAAACCAUAAAAGUGAAUUAACAUUACGGCAUCAAUGUGGCAUAUGUAGAAGGUCUACGAAUCAACAUCUACUUGCAAAAUGUGAUACAUGUCAUCUUCAUUACCAUUUAUCUUGUCUUAGUCCACCUUUAUCGCGUAUGCCUAAAAAAACAAAACUUAUGGGAUGGCAAUGUUCUGAAUGUGACAAAGAAUCUUCUGGAUCAGAAGUUGAACGCAUUGAUACAUCGGCACCACGUAAAUUAAGACAUUGUAAAGAUGACUCUAAUUUAACGUUAACCCCAACACCUCCACAAGAGGUGUCUAUGCCUACAACGCCGACAACACCUAGCACAUCGAAAAAUUCUUCUGCCAAUCUUAGUAAUGUGACGAAUACAACAGCACCUGACACACCAACAACACCGAAGGUGACUAUAAAACCAGUCGGGCCACAACCUCCAUCUUCUGCUUCCAUUCAGUCUAGUGAAUCAAUAUACAAUCAACAACCUGUUAAUAACCUGAUUACAACACGGGAAGGAUCACCCGAAUAUAUGGUAGCUUCGGCGGAUGGUACAGAAUCUGUAUCACAAAGGAGCGCAAAAAAGAGAAGAAGGGAAAAACAUAAAAGAUAUACUCCCGAUCCGAUUACGGGAGUAAAACAAAGAAAGCGAAAACAUAAAAGGAAAAGUUUAGAUGUAGAAAAUCCAGAAGGACAAAGUCAGCCAGAAAUUCAUAGAAGAAUUACAAUAAAGAUAAAACCAAUCCCAAGACCAGAAGGGGAUGUAGCAUCUGAAUCGAGUCCACAAAUGUUUAUUGCUACUUCUACUAGCACUGAAAUUACAUCACCGCCGCCACCACCGCCAAAAUUGCCACCUCCACCUGCUCCACCUGUAGUUUCUAAUACUCCAUCCGCAACAGCAAACGUAUCUGCUAAUAAUACAAAUAGUAGAACAUCUGCAGGAAAUGGGAGAAAAGGAAAAGAUACAGAUCCUUUAACGCAUUGUAAUGUCUGUGAUACACCUGGUACCAAUCAAAACCUUGUCAUGUGCGACGAAUGUAAAAAAUGCUACCAUUUCUCCUGUCUUGAUCCACCAGUUAAAAAAUCGCCCAAAAGAAGAGGCUAUUCUUGGCAUUGUGCAGACUGCGAUCCUAGUGCCUCUGAAUCUGAGACUUAAUAUCAACAAUUUUAUGUCUGCAGCUAUAAUUCUACAUUUACAUAAAUUAAGACAUUAAAUGUCAUUAUGUUUUUUGUAAAAUAUACGGAAUACAGACAAACUUCUUCCUUUGAUUAUAAAAAAGUCUUUUGAAAAUACAUA